AUUCAAUGGCAGUUUUGCUCUCAAGUAAACACAGCGUUGGUCAAUAUAAUAGAUAUUAUAUUGUUUGUAUUUUUUUUUUAAUAAUACUAAUAGCAGCUGUUUUUCUGCACUUCUCCGUUGACUUAUACUAAGUUUCUCACUUUUGCUUUCGCAAAUGAAAAUAUCUACACUUUUUGUAUAUAUUAGUUGCUAUUAAAGUUAUCUAACUUAACGCUAAAAAAACUAGAAAAAGUCGAAGAAUAAGUGAAAAAUAAAGUGCUCCAUCAUUUUUCCCCAACACUAUACAUAUACUUAUAAACAAUCACAAGUAGCUCCACAAGUAUCGUCUGUAUGUUAAAGUCGGAGCAACAUUAGUACAAAUCAGCCAGUCGGUCGUGCAAGUUAGCCAAGUUCGUUGCUUAUUUCUGCUACGUACAUUCACGCGUGUUGGAUGAAUUCAUUAACACGCCGCUGCGCCAACAUUCUAUCGACACAGUUAUUAAAGCAGCAACAAAAACAACUUAAACCUCUGCCAGCCUUUAGAAGCCAGCUAAGCAUUCAGACAUUCUGUCAGUGGCAUUGGAGUAGAGACAAUCCUAACUAUCGCAACCACAUAAGGUCAACGCCAAAGCGAAGGUUUUACCAGUCAACAAACAAACCGCGUAAACAAGCACAACAACUUACGUUGCAAACAAAUCUUAAAUCUACGUGUGGAAUAUUAACAGCUGUUAAUAUGGGUUCGGCAAAUUGUAAAGAAUAUUCAACCACAACUUCAAAAAGGGUCGACAAUGCAGCUGCUAAGCCGCAGGAUGGCACUUAUCAGUCCACAACCGAAUGCGACAUGUCGGAAUACACGAGCGCCGUAGAGGUCUGCAACAUCGAAGAUCUGCAGGAGAAUGAAAUGAAACAGUUCAACUUCGAUACAGACACCAAAGUGUUGGUGAUAAAGCAGGACGGUCAGAUAACAGCGAUUGGUAAUAAGUGUACGCAUUAUGGCGCACCACUGCAUACCGGCGCUUUGGGUCAGGGACGCGUACGUUGCCCUUGGCAUGGCGCCACUUUUAAUACGCGCACCGGCGAUAUUGAAGACUUUCCGGGCUUGGACUCGUUGCCUUGUUUUAUGGUGCGUGUGGAAAAUGAUGGCAAAGUCAAACUGCGUGCUAAGCGCACCGAUUUGGAGAAGAACAAGCGUCUCAAGGAUAUGGUGAAGCGUGAUAAGUCUAACCAGCAAUGUGUCGUCGUUAUCGGCGGUGGUCCAGCCGCUGCCGUGUGCGUGGAGACCUUGCGCCAGGAGGGCUUUAGCGGCCGCAUCGUUAUGUUGUGUCGCGAACCGUGUUUGCCUUAUGAUCGCAUUAAGCUCUCCAAAGGUAUGGAUAUACCCUUGGAUAAGUUGGAAUUUCGCACUGCGGACUUCUAUGUACAAUACGGCAUUGAGACGCUAAUUGGUGUAGAGGCGACAAAGGUCGAUACUGUGGCGAAAACGGUGCGAUGCUCCAAUGACGACGAGAUCAAAUAUGAUCAACUCUUUAUCGCUACCGGUUUGAGUCCCAGAAAACCGCAUGUACCGGGAGUCGAUUUGAAGAAGGUCUUCACCUUGCGUAACUAUGAAGACGCAGGUGCAAUAUUGGCAGCAAUAACUCCGGAGACAAAUCUGGUCUGCGUGGGUGGAAGCUUUAUUGCAAUGGAAGUGGCUGCAGCGCUGGUCAACAAAGUGAAAUCGGUCACUGUGAUAUUUACUGGUGAUUAUCCAUUUGUCAUAUUUGGUGAUGCCAUCGGAAAACUUUUCUACGAUCUGUAUCGUGAGAAAGGUAUCAUUAUGAAAUCUCAAAGUCAACUGUCCGAGUUGUAUGGCAAUGCCGAAGGUUUUGUCAAUAAAGUAGAACUAAAUAAUGGCAAUAAAUUUGAUUGCGAUGUCGUCGUUUUGGGUACUGGUUCGACUUAUAAUACUGGUUUCUUGGAAAACUCCGGUAUACACGUUAAUCGCGAUGGAUCCAUCAACACCGAUAUGCAUCUGAUGACAAACGUGAUUGAUGUCUAUGCCGGCGGUGACAUUGCCAAUGCACCAAUUUUGGCAAAUGCGAAUCAACGCGGUAGCGUUGGUCACAUACAAUUGUCACAAUAUCAUGGACGUGUGGCGGCACUCAAUAUGACCGGCACCAUUGAGGAUCUGCGCGCAGUGCCAUUCUUCUUUUCACUUGUUUUCGGCAAGGGUAUACGUUAUGCUGGAUAUGGUCUAUAUGCCGACGUGCUGAUCAAGGGUGAUUUGGAGAACUUCAAGUUCGUUGCAUACUUUCUUGAUGAUCAUGGCAAUGUGGUGGCAGUUCUGACAGUUGGUCACGAUCCGGUAGCGGCGCAAUUCGCCGAGCUGCUGAGUCAGGGCAAGCGUUUGCAUCGCUCACAUAUCGAGAAUGGCGAGGAUCACUUGAAAUGGACGCAUAUGUUGGAUGAGAAGAAGGCGCGAAUACGCUGUGAAUGUUGAAGAACGUUUUCUGCGUGGGUUUUAUUAGAAAUAUAGAAACAUACGAGUAUAAUAAUACACGUUAUUAUAAAAAUGAAGUAUUAAAAAAAAAGAAAUAAAAUAAACAAUAAUUAAAUGUACACACGAAAAACACUCCCAGCUUUAUACAUAUAUGUACAUAUUUAUAUACUUAUUAUAUAUAUUUGCAUGUAAAUAUUUAAUACUCAAGAGAUUGGAAAUGAUAUACUUGAAAUAAAAAAUAAUAGUGAAAAUA